CUUCAACUCGAACUCCGCAGAUGGCCACACUUCCGCAAUUCAAUUGACACUCUCACCUUCCUGAAGGCAUUUCCCCUUGCGCUCUCUUACCUUACGCGUCUGGGCUUCUCGGAUAUCCUGAAGCUGCAUGUAGCUCGCCGCAUACCCUCAUCGCCUCCUGAAAAUAUUCGCAACCAUGCCUAGCCCAAUGAGCCUGAUAUACUACGCAUUCCACCCCACGGAAUUGCGCUCCAUUAUUCAAUGGAAAGUCUGGCACAACCCUGUGCACGAGCGCGAUGAAUCUAAAGAGACCGAUGCCCUCAAGCGAUGCUUCUACUUCCUCGAUAUGACCAGUCGCAGUUUCUCCGCUGUCAUUAAGGAACUGCACCCCGAGCUCCUCGUACCCGUCACCUUGUUCUACCUUGUCCUCCGAGGAUUGGAUACCGUGGAGGACGACAUGACAAUACCGCUCGAGACGAAGGAACCCAUUCUGCGGAAUUUCCAGGAUGUCCUCGAGCAGGAUGGUUGGACAUUCACCGAGAAUGGACCGGACGAGAAGGACCGGCAGCUGUUGGCUGAGUUCAACGUUGUGGUGGAGGAAUUCAAAAAGAUCAAGCCGGCGUAUAAGACCAUCAUCAAGGAUAUCACUAAGAAGAUGGGCAAUGGCAUGGCAGACUAUGUGCGCAAUGCUGAGCACGACACCAACGGGGUCAACACAAUCAAGGACUACGAGCUGUACUGCCACUACGUCGCCGGUCUGGUCGGCGAGGGUUUGACCCGCCUUUUUGUUGAGGGUGGUCUAGCAACUACCGAGCUGCUGAAGAGGCCAGUGCUGAUGGAGUCCAUGGGCCAAUUCCUUCAGCAAGUCAACAUCAUCCGCGACAUUAAAGAGGAUCACGUCGACAAGCGGCGGUUCUGGCCCAAGGAGGUUUGGUCCAAGCACGUGGACAAGUUCGAGGAUCUAUUUCAACCGGAGAACAAGGAGAAGGCUUUGAGCGCCAGUUCGGAGAUGAUUUUGCUCGCCCUGAACCGUGCUGACGACUGUCUGUACUAUCUCGCCGGAAUCAGGGAGCAGAGUGUGUUCAAUUUCUGCGCCAUUCCGCAGUCCAUGGCCAUCGCCACUCUGGACGUCUGCUUCCAGAAUCACGAGCUCUUCAAGCGGAACGUGAAGAUCACCAAAGGAGAGGCUUGCCAGUUGAUGAUUGAAUCAUCGCAAAACCUGCAGAUGGUCUGCGACGUGUUUAAGCGGUAUACUCGCAAGAUCCAUCAGAAGAACAAUCCACACGACCCCAACUUCCUGAAAAUCAGCAUUGCCUGCGGGAAGAUCGAACAGUUCAUCGAAACCAUCUUCCCUUCGCAGAAGCCGCCUGUCGAUGCGAAGCAUAAGUCGCCGGCCAGCCUAGCGGAAGAGGCUAGGUUGAAGAAGGAGGCCGAGGAGGCCAAGUGGGACAACAUCUACAUGGCUCUUGCGGUCGUCUCGACCAUCACCGUCAUCACCGGAUUGAUGCUGUUUAUUGCCUGGUUAGCGGGUGCACGAUUCGACGUCGCUUUUGUGCAGUUCAAGGAGCAGAUGGGGCAGCUGCUAGGCAUCGGCCAGGCGUCAAACGCAACUGCUCCAUCCGGCCACAGCGAACUGUAACCAUGGCGGGUACACACUUUAAUAUCUAUAUGUGUAUAUGUAACUAUAAUAGCCGGCAGCUCGUCUUUCUGAGCCAGGUAUGGUUCGGUACCCCUUGAAUUAAUACUGAUAUGCGGCCUCCCCGGUCGCACCACCCUUCCAGCGAUCUCAAGCGCGAUGUCAUAGCACGGAUGUCAAAUUGCAAUUCGGCCGCUCAAUGGCUGCAGUUGUGCCGCUAGAAGUGCUUAUAUCGAAACGCGCCGUGCUCGGCGACGAGGCUGCUCCCGGCCUGCUCUCAAUUGUGGGCUCGGCUUGGGGCAGCGGCGUGGACAUUACCCUUUUCCCGAUAGUUUCUUAAUAAGAGCAAUCCGCU